AGGAGAGGACGUCUUGAUGAGGAAACAAAACAUAACAUUCCCAGAAGCCAAGUCAAUCCGACGUGGAAGCAGUUCUCUCUUUCAGGAGGAAAAGAAAACCCCAUUUUGAAACAAAUAGUCUGACAGACAGAAACAUCAACAAGGAAUGGCCUCUGCUAACACUUCCGGGUCUGAAGAGAACUUUUCAUGUUCCAUCUGUCUAGAUGUGUUCAGCAGCCCAGUUACCACACCUUGUGGACACAACUUCUGCAGAACCUGUAUUACAAAGUACUGGGAUGGACAAGUCAAGUUCAAGUGUCCUCUUUGCAACAUGGCUUUCAACACAAGACCUGAUUUACGGAUUAAUACCCUCUUAUCAGAGCUGGCCGCUCAGUUUCAAACAUCCAUACGAGUAAAAGAUCAGCUCUGUGUUAAACCCGGAGAAGUUCCCUGUGACGUCUGUACUGGGACCCAGCUGAAGGCUGUGAAGUCCUGCCUAGUGUGUUUUAUCUCUUACUGCCAAACCCACCUGGAGCCACAUCAAAGAUUCGCAGUUCUUAAGAAACAUCGGCUGGUCGAGCCUAUGGACCGUCUGGAAGACAGGAUGUGUAAGAAACACGACCGACUUCUGGAGCUCUUCUGCCGGACUGAACAGGUGUGUGUGUGUCAGUCCUGCACAGAGACAGACCACAAGUCCCAUCCUGUUGUACCUCUAAAGGAGGAAUAUGAAGUGAAGAUGGCCCAGCUGGGGAAGAUGGAGGCUGAAGUCCAGCAGAUGAUCCAGGAGAGACAAAAUAAUAUUCAGGAGAUUAAAGACACAGUUAACCGCAGCAAAGCAGACGCAGACAGAGAGAUAGCCCAUGGUGUGCACAUCCUCACUGCUCUGAAGCGCUGCAUUAAAAAGUACCAGGAUGACGUCAACCGAAUGGUUAAAGAGAAACUGAAAUCCACUGAGAAACAAGCUGAAGACCUCAUCAAAGAGCUGGAGCAGGAAAUAGAAGAUCUGACCAGUAGAAAGAUCGAGGUGAAGAAGCUCUCACACACUGAAGACCACCUUCACUUCCUCCAGACCUUCAGAUCCCUGAAGGAUCCUCCACCCACCAGGGACUGGACCACGGUGGAGGUCCUUCCUCCGUCAUACGUAGGGACCUUGUGGAGAUCCCUGGAUCAGCUGGAGGAGACACUGAACAUGGAGAUGGAGAAGCUGCCUGGUGAUGCUGAACUGAAGAGGGUCCAACAGUAUGAAGUAGAUGUGACUCUGGAUCCUGAUACAGCUCACCCCCAUCUCAUCCUGUCUGAGGAUGGGAAACAAAUACAUGAUGGUGGUGUGAGGAAGAAACUCCUAGACAACCCUAAGAGAUUUAGACAGGGUAUAUGUGUUCUCACAAGGCAGAGUUUCUCCUCAGGGAGAUUUUACUUUGAGGUUCAGGUUAAAGACAAGACUGGAUGGUGUUUAGGAGUGGCCAGAGAGUCCAUCAACAGAAAAGAUCUGAUCAUAGCGACCCCUGAGUCGGGUUACUGGACUCUCUUCUCCUACAAGGAUGGGUUGGUAUUUAAUGAUGACCCUGCUGUCCGUCUCCCUCCGAGAGCUGAGCUCCAGAAGGUGGGGGUGUUUGUUGAUUAUGAUGAGGGUCUGGUCUCCUUCUACGAUGUGGAAGCCAGGGUUCAUAUCUACUCUGCUACUGGCUGCAGCUUUACUGAGCCUCUCUAUCCAUUCCUCGGUCCAUGGCGCUGUGAUUAUGAAGGUAUAAACUCUGCCCCCCUGAUCAUCUCACCUGUCAAUCAAACAGACUAGGACCUUUGUUUGAUAAUGAAAUAAUCAAACGACCGAAACAACUAAUGUUGUUUCAUGAAUUAGAAUGUGUACCAUGUGAGAUCUGAGUGAACUGUAUUCAUAUCUUACUGCUGUCAUAUAAAAAUGAGUAAUUAAGUAGGAAGUGAACCCUGACUAUUAUAAAUGAUAAGGGUUAAACAUUAUAUUCUUCAUUGUCUGUUUUCUCCAGUCUUUUAAGGUUUACUGCUAUACAAGUAUUAAUGGUUGCAGUCAUGUAUAGCAUGGUUUCAGGAUUGAUGGGUAUUUCAUAAUCAUCUAAACAUUACUUUUAGUUUAUACUUCGGAAUCAUGAAUGACAACAUAAUCAAAUGUAAAAAUACUUUUGUGAUGCAAAUAAAAAUGGAAAAACAGCUGACGAGUCAAUGACUUUGAAUGUCCACCAUACAACAACCCAACAUGUGUAAGACAAAGAUCACAGUUACUACAUGUCAAGAUUCUCCCCAUGUGUGUGAGUACUGUGACUUUGUCUUGUCAUCUCUCCUCUCUCCAUCCUCUCAUCUUAGUUCCUCCUCUCUCUUUCCUCUCUCUUCUUCCUCUCCUAUCUCCUAUGUCUGCUCUCCUUUCUAGCUCAUUCAGGAUUGUGUUGAGUAUUGU